AUGAUAACCACUUAAGAUUAAGGCUCAAAUAUGAGUUCCGCCCAUUUACACACUCUUUAAAACAAGCUUUGCGAGCAUUGCUUGGGUUUAAUACCCAUAAAUCAAACUCAGGGUUCUUUAAAGUGCUUGAACUGCGAUAAGAGAGCACAUUACCUAUGCAUUGAGAAAGUUCAAAAACUUCUCAGCAAUGGAGAAUGGCGAUGUAACAUGUGCAUUCUGAGAAUUUCGAGUUCGGAAGAAAAAUGUCUACUUUGUAAUAAGAUUACAGAUGAAAAAACAACUAUUAGAGUUCUAAGCCCUCCUACAAGGAAAACUGAAGGGCUUUCCUAGGAUUUAGGAAAUCAGACUACUAAUGAGAAACUCUCCACUCAUGUGGCACAUCCACAAUGUCUCAAUGAAUCUAAUCACUUUUCAUAUGAUCCCAAGUCAAUCACCUUUACUACAACAUAAGAGUAUUUUGUAUCGUUGCUUACAAAGCAAAAGCAGUAAAUAUCUUAGCCUGAUCCUCAAAUGCGAGGUUAGGACUAAAAUAAUUUUAGCGCUUAGUAGAGUAUUUAUACCGCUUAAUCCUCAGCAGCUUAUCUAACUCCUACUACCCUUGUAAAUGAAUAAAAGAUCACAUCAAAUUAGGGGAAUGCCUUUCCCAAUUUAACCACUAAAAACGCUUAGCAAAGCAUUAUUGCAUAAUCAACUCCUAUACCCUAACAGCAGAUGGCAGGAUUUGUAAAAAAGCAGACUUUGAUAUCAGAUUUCCAACAACAUAACAGAAUGAAAAAUGACAUUGAUAUUAAUCAGAGUCCUUAGCCCCAAGUAGGCAAUAAAAUAAAGCUUGAUCUAAGUCAAGAAAAAGUUUUAGGAAAACGAAACAGAGAAUCGCAUAACUCGAAUUCGGAUCUAAAAAAUGAUGUAGAACAAUUGAGGUAAGAAAUUUAGCAAGCAAAUAAUGAGGCUAAACCAAAGGACAACAAAAAGAAAAAUAAGGACUCGUCCCCAGCUAUGACCUCAUCCGAAAUGUCAAAAAAUUAAAUGAUCAAAGCUCUCGAUAGUGAUCCAACAUAAUUCAUGGUAAAGGAACUAUUAACCCCAAUCCUAUUCCAAAUUGAUAAAUUAUAAUUGCUCAGAAGAGACAAGCUCAAAUUUUAGAUAAACCUACUGCCUAAAGAUAUGAAAAUACUAUCUAAGGAAAGAAGGGAUGAAAUUUACAAUCAGUAAACAUACUUUGAAGUAAUUGAAACUAAUAAGGAAAAUCAAUAUUAAUUGACUCUAAUUAUUGAUAAAAAUUUGCCUAAGACACUCUAAGAAUCUCAAUAAAACUAGCUUAAUCUAGAAAAAAAAGAUCAAGGAAGCAAUAUUUCAGAAAAUGAAAAUAUGAAUAUAGACUCGAAUCUUGAUAAUAAACAUCAAUUGACUGAAUAAUCCUCAGAAUUAGCGCAAGCCAGAGAUAGCUCACCAGAUUCUAACAAGCUAAUGCAGAUGGACAAUAAUGAUGAGAGUGGAAGUGCAGACAUCUAUAUUAGAGAUUCAAUUAUUUUCGAGGAAGAGGGGUUUAAUUUAAAAGGAGACGAUGCAUUGGAGUCAUCAAAUAAUGACUCAAAGUUAAGAAAAAAGAAGAAAAAGAAGGGUUUCUCAGCCAAUAAUAAGACAAAAAAUCUUUCAAAGCUUCUGCUAAAUUUACCUUCAAACUUGAGUGACUUUACCUGGAUUGAGAAUACUGACAAUAAUAAAUAGAUACUUUUGGACGAGAGAAAUAAGUAAAUAGAAUAGAAAAGAUUGAAGGAGCUAGAUAGGAAACUUAAAUAAUAAAAUGAGAAUAUGGAGGUAGAUGACGACAAUCAAGAGGAAGAUCAUGAAUUCUAAAUUAAGGUUGUGAAGACUGACAAUCCAGAGAAGAUCGAAGAAUAAAAACAGUAGCAAGAAGAAAUUAAAAAAUAGGAAGCUGUCAUAAUUAAUACCUCAGUUAACUAAACAAUACAAUCACAGAAUACUCAUGCUAUCUAUAAUUUCAAAAAGUAAGAAUUCUUGGAAACUAUCGAUGAUGUUUGGGAAAAGGCUGAAGAUGGCUACUAUCACUCAAUCAAUGAUAUGCUUGUGGAUAUUGAGUACAUGAUUAAGAAAACAAUGAUUAAAAGAUGCCAAAAUACUAUGUCAAAAGUAUAUCUUUCAUUGUUACUGACUAGAAUCAAUACUCAUUUAAAGAGUAAGCAAGCCGAAUUUAAGAGCAGAUGGAGAAACUAUUAUGAGGCAAAGUAUGCCUAUAACGAUUAGUAUUAUCCAAGGAUCAAAGGAUAGUGGUGGAAAACUCCAGGGGCUAAGAGGGAGUAUAACCCAAUAGAAAAUUAUAAGAUAGUCACACCUUCAGAACCUCAAAAUAGAUAUCUUUAAGGAAAUCAGAACAAUGUAUACAGAGAAGAGAUUAAAAGAAAAAUGAUGACUACUAAAUCAGCAAAAUGCCAAGGAUAAUGCUGUCUUAAAAUAGAAGAUCUUGGACCAUUCAAGUUAGGAUCUGAUGUUUGGGAGUCACAUUGCGAAUGUAGAUUAGCAAAAGUUGAAUGUUCUGAUCACUGCGGUUGUGAUCCAAGCUAAUGUUAGAAUCGUCAAAUGAAGUUAUAAUAAGCACUUAAGUUUGAUACUGAUGUAAUUGAAAAAAUCAGUUGGGGUAUAGAUAUGGGUACAGCUGUCAAUCUGAUGGCUCUAUUGCCAAGAGAUAUGCCUCUUAGAUUGCAAAGUGAUUUUAUAGAGAAGAGAUUAGUUUUUGCUGUUCAUUAACAAGGAGAUAAGGGAUACGAUGUAAGAGAGGCACUGAAGUAUAUCAUUUCUGAGGAAAAAAAUCCAAGAUUUAGGAGUUUCGAGAGAAAUCUUGCUCAGAUUGUUUUAUCUGGUAUAGGAAUGAUAAGGGAUAAUGUAGAGAGACACUUUAGAGUUCACUCUAAAGGAAUUGGUAUAUUUUGUAUGAAAAAAGAAGGUAUAAAGGCAAGCAAUUUGAUAAUUGAGUACUUUGGAGAAAUAUAUCAACCUUGGAAUUGGUAUGAAAAGCAAGAUGUAUUGAAAUAAGGUUAAAAUAAAUCAAACUUAUCUAAAGACCUACCAGAUUUCUAUAACAUCACUUAUGAAAGACAUCAUGAUGACCCUCAAGGUUAUGAUAUCCUAAUGGUAGAUCCAAUUCUCUAUGGAAAUUAUUCAAGCAGACUCAGUCACUCAUGUAAUCCAAACUGCUCUACCAUUAUUCAUGUAAGAGAUGGAUAAUACAGUAUUGGAAUGUUUGCUAUCAAGGAUGUCCAUUACGGAGAAGAACUUUGCUUCAACUAUUGCUCACUCACAGAAUCAGAGAAAGAAUAUGAAGCAGCUAUUUGUCUUUGUGGAACUGAAGUUUGCUAAGGAAGAUUCCUACAAUUAGCAAACGAUAAGAAACAUCUAUCUAUCAUGAAGAAAUAUCACACUUUUGUAGAUAGGAAUUACUUGAUUUACAAGGCCUGUACUGACUCGGCACUCACUCCUGAAGAUGAAAAAAGACUUUAAGAAUUUGGAUUGAAAGAAUCAGUUUUAAGAGAUGUUCCUGAUUGGCUGAAAAAAUGGGCAAGCUUGAUAUGCGAGUACAUCCUUUUUGAAGAAGAAGUAUAUCCAGCAUUCUUCAAAGAAGCUCAUCCAACCUAUAAAGCAGAGGAUUUAGUAAUUAUUAUAAGGAUUAUAAUUUUAGAUGUUGGAAGCCAAGAACUAAAGGGACUCUAAGAUCUGGAAUAUAGCAAUAACUCUUGA